AUGAGCUACCUUACAAGAACAGCCCUAGCAAAGGCGGUAGCCGCAUCAAACAGGACUGCUGCUAGGACGUUCACUACAACUAUCGUCAACAAUGAGCUCAAGAAGUUCGAUUUUCCAGCGAUGAGUCCUACAAUGACUGAAGGUGGUAUCGCCUCAUGGAAAAAGCAAGCCGGAGAGACAUUCAGUGCUGGCGAUGUUUUAUUAGAGAUUGAAACAGACAAAGCUACAAUCGACGUCGAAGCUCAGGAUGACGGUGUUGUCGCCAAAAUCAUUUUAAACGACGGUGCAAAGAAUAUUCCAGUCGGUGCACCAAUAGCUGUACUCGGAGAGGAAGGCGAUGAUUUAUCAGCCGCAGACGCCGUCGCACAGUCUGCUGAAACCGCACCUGAAACUACCCCAAAGGAGGAAUCCAAGGAGGAAGUCAAACCAGUAGAAACAUCAACCACAGCAUCAGAGCCUAAAGAUACUCACGUUGACUCACAAAAGCCACUCUUCCCUUCAGUUUCACGUUUACUCGUUGAAAAUGGCAUAUCUGACGCUGGCUCAAUUAAAGGUACAGGUAGACACGGUAUGCUCACACGUGGUGAUGUACUUGCUCAUUUGGGUAAGAUUGACAAUCCACGCGGUACAAUGAAGCAAGUUGUUGAUAAACAAGCCAAGGAGGCUGCAGAGUUUAAGCCAUUUGAGACCACAAAGAAGGCAGAUGCGCCAAAGAAGGAUGAAGGGCCAUUGGAUUAUGUCUCCAUCCGUAGCAUUAUUACAGCUGGAUUAUCAAAGAAAGUCGCACAAAACGCAGCUUUUGCAGCACCAAAGAGCGAAGAUUCCGCCUCAUUUGACGAAAUUAUCGCACCAUACCUCGAACAACCAAAACCAAAGGUUGAAACCUUGGAAAGAACCCCAGAAACACCAAAAAAGACUUCAGAUUACUUAGAUGGCUUGUACUAG